AGCAAGCAGACCUGAUAGUGUUGACAAAGCAAGUAGACCUGGUAGUGUUGACAAAGCAAAUAGACCCGAUAGCGUUGACAAAGAAAGUAGACCUGGCAGCCUUGACAUAACAAGUAGACCUGGUAGUGUUGACAAAGCAAGUAGACCUGGUAGUGUUGACAAAGCAAGUAGACCUUGUAGUGUUGAAACAGCAAGAAGUAUUGGUAGUGUUGACAAAACAAGUAGACCUAUGAGUGUUGACAUAACAAGUAGACCUUGCAGUAUUUACGUAACAAGUAGACCAGGUAGUGUUGACAAAGCAAGUAGACCUGAUAGUGUUGACAAAGCAAGUAGACCUGAUACUGUUGUCAAUGCAAGUAGACCUGAUAGUGUUGACAAAGCAAGUAGACCUGAUAGUUUUGACAAAGCAAGUAGACCUGGUAGUGCUGAUAUUGCAAGUAGAUCUGAUAGUGUUGAUAAAGCAAGUAGACCUGGUAGUGUUGACAAAGAAAGUAGACCUGAUAGUGUUAACAACGCAAGUAGACCUGAUAGUGUUGACAAAGCAAGUAGACCUGGUAGUGUUGAUAUAGCAAGUAGACCUGAUAGUGUUGACAAAACAAGUAGACCUGGUAGUGUUGACAAAGCAAGUAGACCUGAUAGUGUUGACAAAGCAAGUAGACCUGAUAGUGUUGACAAAGCAAGUAGACCUGGUAGUGUUGAUAUAGCAAGUAGACCUGAUAGUGUUGACAAAGCAAAUAGACCUGGUAGUGUUGACAAAUCAAGUAGACCUGAUAGUGUUGACAAAGCAAGUAGACCUGGUAGUGUUGACCAAGCAAAUAGACCCGAUAGUGUUGACAAAGCAAGUAGACCUGGUAGUGUUGAUAUAGCAAGUAGACCUGAUAGUGUUGACAAAGCAAGUAGACCUUGUAGUGUUGAAACAGCAAGAAGUAUUGGUAGUGUUGACAAAACAAGUAGACCUAUGAGUGUUGACAUAACAAGUAGAUCUUGCAGUAUUGACGUAAAGAGUAGACCAGGUAGUGUUGACAAAGCAAGUAGACCUGAUAGUGUUGACAAAGCAAGUAGACCUGAUACUGUUGACAAAGCAAGUAGACCUGGUAGUGCUGAUAUUGCAAGUAGACCUGAUAGUGUUGACAAAGCAAAUAGACCUGAUAGUGUUGACAAAGCAAGUAGACCUGAUAGUGUUGACAAAGCAAGUAGACCUGGUAGUGCUUAUAUUGCAAGUAGACCUGAUAGUGUUGACAAAGCAAGUAGACCUGAUAGUGUUGACAAAGCAAGUAGACC